GCGGGGGGGAGGGCGGCUGCCGGCCGGAGGGACGCCCCGCACCAGCUGAGGAGCCUGAAAAACCGCGCGCGGCCCCCGGCGGCCGUUAAUGUGGGCUCCGGGAGCGUUGCCGGGACUCGGGCCUAGGCUCGGGCAGUGGGGCCGGUGCCCUCAACGCGGGCAGACGUGACCCUCUCUUGGGUCUUGGGAAGAAGUUGGCGGCCGGCGCCUCCCACUCUGUUCCUUCUCGGUGUGCGCUGCCGGGUAUCCUGCAAGAGCGGGCGGAGAACCCUGACGCUUAUGUCCGGCCCGGGGAAGCCGGGAUGCGGCUGCCGGACACCCGGUUGGGCCGGUGGCAUCCAGCCCCGCCAUGCCGCUCCUGGGCCCUGCUUUAAUUUCUGCUCGGGAAGCCGGCCCUGGGUCGAGGCUCUUUGUUUUGGGCUGUUGUCUGAACGGAAAGUGCGGGCGGUGUUUAGAAACGAAGUAACAGGUCCUAGAGAAAUAUCCCAAUACACCCAUGAGCCAUAAAGAAAUUCUUCAAGUUAUACAGAGGGAGGGAUUAAAGGAAAUCAGAAGUGGAACAUCUCCCCUUGCAUGUCUAAAUGCAAUGCUGCACACCAACUCCAGAGGGGAAGAAGGGAUUUUCUACAAGGUUCCAGGUAGAAUGGGAGUGUAUACCCUAAAGAAAGAUGUUCCAGAUGGCGUGAAAGAGUUAUCAGAAGGUUCUGAAGAGAGCAGCGAUGGCCAAUCAGAUUCCCCAAGUUCCGAGAACAGCAGCAGCAGUAGUGAUGGUGGGAGUAACAAGGAGGGCAGAAAGAGCAGGUGGAAGAGGAAAGUAUCGUCUAGACUGUCACAGCCAUCUUCCCCCCAGUCAAGCUGUCCAUCUCCCUCCAUCUCAGCUGGUAAAGUCAUCUCUCCAUCCCAGAAGCACAGCAAGAAGGCACUGAAACAGGCUUUAAAGCAACAGCAGCAAAAGAAGCAACAGCAGCAGCAGCAACAAUGUCGAACAAGUAUGCCCAUCUCUUCUAAUCAGCAUCUUCUUCUGAAAACAGUCAAAACAUCCACUGACCCUGUGGCCACUAAACCUGCAGUGUGGGAAGGAAAGCAGUCAGAUGGACAAUCAAGCAGUCCCCAGAAUUCAAAUUCUAGUUCCUCUUCUUCGGUUAAAGUUGAAAACCCCCUGCCAGGUUUGGGAAAGAAACCAUUUCAGAGAUCUGAUAGGCUUCAUACAAGGCAGCUGAAAAGGACUAAAUGUGCUGAAAUUGAUGUUGAAACACCUGAUUCUAUACUGGUUAACACCAAUCUGAGGGCUCUAAUUAAUAAGCACACAUUUUCAGUCCUUCCUGGAGACUGCCAGCAGCGACUUUUGCUUUUACUUCCAGAAGUAGACCGGCAGGUUGGUGCAGAUGGCUUGAUGAAGCUGAAUGGUUCAGCCCUUAACAAUGAAUUUUUCACUUCAGCUGCUCAGGGCUGGAAGGAAAGAUUAUCAGAAGGUGAGUUCACACCUGAAAUGCAGGUGAGAAUCAGACAAGAAAUUGAGAAGGAGAAAAAAGUGGAGCCUUGGAAAGAACAAUUCUUUGAGAGCUAUUAUGGGCAGAGUUCUGGGUUGAGCCUUGAGGAUUCUAGGAAGCUGACUAGUGCUACCAGUGACCCCAAAAUGAGGAAACCUCCAAUUGAACAACCAAAACCCACACCACCUUCAGAUGACCCUCCCAUCAAAUCAGUGAUGGCAGCUCCUGAAGUAGAAUCUAAACCAGUGCCACUGUUUUCCCCAAUAAGGAAAGAAUCAGAAGAGAGCACAGAAGAAGUGUUGCCCAAACCCUCCAAAUCCCCGGAGCCUUUAGUUUCCUCAACAAGCAGUGUCAUUGAGCAAAACAAGACAGGUCCUGUCACAGUCCCAGAGAAUGAGGACUCUGUGGGCCAAAGGAAGCCAAUACCCUCUGCUGAGCCAAAGCCUGAAAAUGAAAAUCAUCUCACUACAGCUACUCCUAUCAUAAAGGAAAACAAAGGCACAGCUAUUUUGACUCCAAGCAAACCAAAGAGCCCAGGAAUUGGAAAACCAAUCAUUAGACCAAUCAUAGAAGAAAGUCCUCAGGAGAACACUGUGAAAGAUGCCUCUCCCUCAGAGCAUAGUGAGCUGAACCCUGAAGGUCUCAAGAGGAAAUCUUCACUCACUCAAGAAGAGAAUCCUGGGAGCUGGGAGAAAAGGCCUCGUGUCCUUGAGAACCACCAGCACCAGCAGUCACUUCAAGCCUCUCCGCAGCCCUUUCCCCUCAGAGGGGAAAGGGUGCCGGUUCGGAAAGUACCACCCCUCAAGAUCCCGGUCUCCAGAAUCUCCCAUGUGCCAUUUCCUACAGGACAGGUCUCUCCCAGGGUUCGUUUUCCAGCCUCUAUCACUAGUCCCAACAGAAAAGGAGCCAGAACCCUUGCAGAUAUCAAAGCAAAAGCCCAGCUGGCCAAAGCCCAGAGAGCAGCUGCCGCCGCCGCCGCUGCCGCAGCUGCAGCUGCCUCUGUUGGGGGGACUAUCCCAGGUCCUGGCCCUGGAGGGGGAGGAGAAGGAGCACCAAGAAAAGGAGGGGAUCCAGGAUCGGGUGGAGCCAGUGAAACUGGAAAAGGGAACACACUGGAACUGGCAGGAACUGGAAGCAGGGGAGGUGCGAGAGAGCUUUUACCCGAUGGUUCAGAGACUGAAUCCCAAGCAGAGACCAAGGUCUCAGGCUCGGCAUCACCUCACAGUGUCUCUAGAGCACAAUUACAGCAAGCCCCCCCUUUACCAUCCAGAUCUGCAGUCAGUGGAGCAUGUCCAAGUAGCCCCUCCCCAACCCUCACUAACCCAUCCUCCCCAACUUUAGAGAAGCUGAAGGGUGAAAAUCCAGACUGUUCUUUGGGAACUGACAGAACAGUUCCCUGUAGCCCUUCACCAGUUCCCAAUAACUUCCAGCAAGAAAAAGCACCUUCUCCUUCAGCAGGCUCAGCCCUGACCUCAGGGACCCCACCUGCUCAGGUUACAGCAGAAUGCACAGUUGAGCCCAGAGCUAGUUCUAGAAAGGACACAGCAAGCGUUGAAGCUGUAGUAGAGACGAGUCCCAGUGCUCCCAUGGAGGUGGCUUCUUCCUCUUUGACGACUUUACCAGUAGCAGUCACUUUAGAAAAGCCUCUGCCACUUCAGACCAGUGUUACUGCAGUCCCUACUGUAUCAGCUCCACCCUCUAGCACUUUGCCAAUCUCUAGCCUUAAAGCUCAAGGAGCUUCCUCAAAUACAAGUGGACCCGCUGCACGGCCAAGCUCUAGUAUUCCUGCUAAUAAUCCUUUGGUCACCCAGCUGCUCCAGGGAAAAGACGUCCCCUUGGAGCAGAUCCUGCCUAAGCCUCUCACCAAAGUAGAAAUGAAAACUGUUCCAUUGGUUACAAAGGAGGAGAAAGGGCCAGGAGCACCCAGGGACACCAGCAUUACAGGAACUAGUACCAGAGGUGAAGGUGGCGAGAGGCAGUCUCAUCUGUCUACCCCUCACUUGGAGAAGCUCCAUCAGAAUAAGCAGUUACCCCAGGUCCCAAGGACCCUCCACCUCUUCUCAGGAAAGGACCUGAGGGACUCUAAUGUUGAGCAGUAUCCUUGCCAAGAAGGACUCAAUAAGGCCACCCAAGAGCAGCUCCUCCAGACGCUCAUUAAAAGGGUUCAGAGGCAGAACUUGUUAUCAGUCUUGCAGCCCGCCCAGUUCAGCCUCACUCACUCAGGUUUCCAAUUAGAGGACAUCUCUACCAGCCAGAGGUUCAUGCUGGGUUUUGCGGGCAGAAGGACAUCCAAGCCUGCCAUGUCAGGCCACUACUUACUCAACAUCUCCACCUAUGGCCGGGGCUCAGAGAGCUUUAAGAGAGCUCAGUCCAUGAAUUCCGAGGAUCGUUUUUGUCUGAACAGUCCUCCUGAGGCCUUUAAAAUGGAACACGCAGAUUAUAAAGGGCCUACGGCCGAUGGCAGCAGCAGUAAAGAUGAAGAUGAGACUGAUGAAGAGAGUACUGAUGAGGAAGAGGAACAGAUCCUUGUGAAGGAAGAGCCCUUAGCUACUCAGGUCUCUACCAAGUGUGAAGGAGGCCUGGGAGCCUAUAGCAGAGAGAGCCUAUCGACAUAUGACACGCCAGCCAACAAGAAUCUGAAAGUUGAAGCGCCAGGGAUGGGUCAUGCCAUUGCCAGCAAGGAGAAUUUCCAUCUCUUUCCUGCAGGUCAAGUAUUUGAUGGAAACACUUUGGCCAGAGAUUUCAUUCAGGCAGCACAAGAACGAAUGGCCCAUGCAAUGAGGGGAAAGAUGGUAAAUAGUAGCCCUGAGCUGUAUGGUACUCUUCCUCUUCCCACAGACAGCCCAACACAUCAGCCUCUGCUCCUUCCACCACUGCAAACCCCAAAGCUUUAUGGAAGCCCACCACGCCAGCUUGGGCCAAGCUAUAGAGGCAUGAUUAAUGUCUCUACUUCUUCUGAUGUGGACCACAGCUCUGCUGUGUCGGGAAUACCUGACUGUAAUCAGGUGUCUAGCAAUAUGGGGGAUGUGAUGUCCUUCUCAGUGACAGUCACCACCAUCCCUGCUAGUCAGGCAAUGAACCCCAGCAGUCAUGGACAGACCCUCCCUGUGCAGGCAUUCCCUGAAGAAAACAGUGUGGAGGAUUCUCCUUCAAAAUGUUAUUGCAGGUUGAAAGCCAUGAUCAUGUGCAAAGGCUGUGGUGCCUUCUGCCAUGAUGACUGCAUUGGCCCCUCCAAACUGUGUGUCUCCUGCCUUGUGGUUCGAUGAGAGACGGUGGAAGAGCAGAAAAUAAGAGGCCCCUAGAGGAGAAAGAAAUGGGUAGGCAAGUAUAUAGGGAGACAGAAGUGUGUAUAGAUCCUUUUGGAAUCACAGGAAGAAAUAACUAAUUUCAAUUGUCUUAACUCAAGAGAAAAAUGUUACAUAAUCAGGAAUACAGAAUACAGUUUUUACCUUUUAAUGAAAGAGCACCUUGUUGUACAGUAAGUCUAAGUCAAGCAAGACUUUGUGAAUUGUGACAAGUUUGCACUUAUAAAAUCAUGUAAAUAUGUCACAUUAUUUUGUUUAAAAGUUAUUUUUCCAAGUGUUUAGGAGAUAAUGUAUUACUGUGGAUUCAUGUUUUGGUUCCAGCUCACAUGACUCAGAAAAGCUUGUUACCCUGAAAGAUGAAAGCCACUUCCCUCCCAAUCUUUCCCUUGUGAGUCAGGCUAAGAAAGGAAGGGUCAAAGGGUAAUCACUCUCCCUCCUCAUGAAGGCCUUGAAAUUGUGGUAGGAGAAAUUACUCGGCCUCCUUGAAGGAUUUAGGCACAGAGCAUACUUAGACUUAGUCCCUUUUGGCUAAGAGACAGCCUUUUUCACUUUGGACAUUGCCAAGGCAUUAAUUUUACACAAAGAGCAUUGCACACCUUUCCACCAGCUCUGACCUGCUUCUAGUCUCCCAGAAGCUGCGUGGUAUCUGAGCACUAUGCUUGUGAAUACUUGCCAUUCUCCCAAUCCCACCCAUGUACCCCGAGACAGGGUAGUCUAGGAAGGGUGCAGCACUUUGGGCCUGGCUGCCUGCUUGCUUGAGUAGGGCAGUGAUUCCAGCAAUAAUGAGCACUUAAGUUUUUCCUGGGACCUCUUAAGUAGGUCAGGAGCAGACAUUUAAAAAAAAAAAAAAAAAAAGG